GACGUCAGAAUCCCUUUACGGUAAGGAAAAAGAAGCGUCACAGAUAGAGCUAUGGACCACAAGACGAAGCGACCAAUAUUAGGAACCGAGUGGAAUGAUUAAACGGAAUGCGUCUAUCAUUAUUAUCACCAUCACCGUCUCUAACACUUCCUCUCUCCCCACACUACUGAACAAACAAGAUAUCCUCAGUCAGAUCGUACGAUUCUGGUGUGCCAAAAUUCUGCAUUUCUCCGAGUUUAUAUAGUAACAAACAAUUCUUGUCCGUCGAAGAGAAAAAGAGAAGAAUGUUGUAACUUGUUGGAGUUUAUCACGUACAAUUUGACUUCAAUGAAGAGAGAACUAUCAAAAUUUUAGUGAAAGUUAAUAGCAGGAAAACGAGUCAGUUCCUCAAAUCUCCAUCGAUCCAAGUUGUAGAAGUAACUCUGUAAAGUAAUUUUUAAAUCUUCGGACAAUAAGUCAUCAAAUGUUUCCAAAAAAAUCCAUUUUUAGACAUAAGACCCCUUUAACCCAUUUUUAAGUGCAAGUCGAAGGGAACUGGAUUAUGGAGGUAGCCGUGAAGAUGACAAAGAAGAGGAAGAUGUGUGAUGGUGAUUUGGAGAGGUCACCAACUGUAGCUCGCGUUAGAAGUCGUCACUCUGGAGUCUUGGUUGCACUGGCGAGUUUAGAGUCUCCAGUGAGCGAGCUCAGUUCCAACGGAAACACUGUUUUGAGUAAACCGGCUGUGGGUUCUAACUUUGAUGACGCUUUGGCAUCUUGCUUUGCAGAUAACAAUGGAUCAAGCGAUAUCAGCUCCAAGUUUAUAGAUCUGGAUGGCGACAGUGUGAAAAUUGCAAACAGUAAUUCAGAGGUCAGAAAAAGCGUCCUUCUAUCCAGCGAAUGUAAAGUUCACAAACUGGAGACAACACCGAGACGACAACAUGCUAAGCCUCGCUGCCUAUUUACGGAGACAACAAUGCCCUCCGAGGUUGAUCAGCUUGAUGAGUUUUUUGCUGCAGCCGAGAAAGAUCUCCAUAAACGAUUUGCAGAAAAAUACAACUUUGACUUUGCUAAGGAGGAGCCAUUGGAAGGUCGCUAUGAAUGGAUUCGACAAUGAAACCAUGAAAAUGAAUCCGCAAGACCAACGCAAUAUUUUAGGGCUAAGACCAUAACAAUAGCAGCAGUUCUAAUUUGUUGGUAGUCCAGUGACAGUGGUUCUAGUAUUUCCAAGUAUAUUUGACCGUUUCCGCUUAUUAAUAGUUCUCUUUUUUUGUUCUGUUACUUAUGGCUUUGUGAUUUUGGUUUCCAUAGAGGGCGGGAGUUUGGACGGUAUGCGUACAGAAGCAGUUAGUAUUUGUCUGAAUAAGAGCUCUUCUUCUUGUUCUCA